AUGUCAACCUCGCGCAGGGGAACACAAGAUUCGACAUCGCAAGGUGCCUCAGCCAAGUCAGGCUCAGUCCUUGCCGCCGCCUUCCAAUAUACCGAACCGAGUCGACCUUCCCACACCACGUCUCGUUCGAGAUCCUCAAGCGUCCAUCACGCGGGCAUGAGCGGCCUCUCGCCACGUCGCCGUGCUCAGCAGGCUGCUAUGAACAGCUAUGUCGCCAGCACUGACCUUCCUCCACCUCCCCCCCCGAUCUUCGUCCGCGCAUUGUACAAUUAUGAAGCCGACGACCACACCAGCUUGAGCUUUCGCCAGGGUGAUAUAAUCCAGGUGUUGACUCAAUUAGAGAGUGGGUGGUGGGAUGGCGUUAUCAAUGAUGUUCGGGGCUGGUUCCCCAGCAAUUACACCGCCGAGAUCACCAAUCUGGAUGAAUUAAAUGAGGCGGGUAUAGGAGGCCACGACGAGAGCGAGACCGGCUCCGGCACCGAGGAAGAUUAUGAUGAAGAGGAAGAAGAUUCGGACGCACAAACUCAAGACGAGGACUCAGAUUUGCCGAUUGAAGGUGCAUCCCAGGCUCAGGAAGAGGCGGCGUUUUGGGUUCCGCAGGCGACCCCAGAUGGACGUUUGUUCUAUUUCAAUACGCUGACCGGCGUCAGUACAAUGGAAUUGCCGUUGGAAACACCAACAAGUUCGGACGAGAGCGGACCGCGUGAUCGAAACAAUUUUCACGUUCCAGAACAAACAAGGCCACCGCCCGAGAUGAUGGCAGGAGGGUACGCGCAGAAUGAAGAAGACUACGAUGGGUCUGCCUCUGAGGCUGACGGUGAACAAUCCUUUUUGUCUUCACGCAAGAAAGGGUCCGGUUCUAUGACUUCUGCCAGCAUCUCAACCUCAACCUCCAUGGACUCACUCAACCUAAGCUCAUCCACACAACUUGGAAGCCAAGCAACCAAUCCAUUCACCAACACGUUUGACUCUCACCUCAACAUGUCGCUGGCAUUGCCUCCCUUGGGGACUAGCUCGACUUCAUUUGCCGUAGGGCUACCGCCGAAACUUUCCAAAUCCCCCACCCCCCGAUUUUUUCUGGACGACGGUGGAGUCGCUGCAGUCACAUGGGAUAGCCUGGUAGAGAAUAUGCGCACCGCCAUCGAGUCCUAUCGUCAUGCAAUUCGUACUCGAGCGCGUGCAGACUAUGUUCGAAGGGCAGAAGACAUCUCAGACCAUCUUCGCUUGCUGUUGGCCGCAGGAUCAGGGACCACCGAUAAUCACUCGGGAAACCCAUCUAUAAUCUCGUCAAACAAGGCCCUAUACCCUCACUUUCGGGAGAUGAUGUCCAAGUUCUCAAAGCUCGUCCUAUCGUCACAUAUCGCCGCCGCCGAUUGGCCAGGGCCUGACGCGUUGACCAAAUGUUUGCAAGAAGCCGAUGGUGUGAUGAAUGGGGUAUAUGGGUACGUAGAGGUGGCCCGACAGCAGAGAGGAGAAGAGAUCCCACGGUUGUUUCCGGGGUUUAUAUUGGGCAGUACUGUUGGAGGAAGCUGGCGGGACAACAACAUUGACUCCCAAACGAAUCUGGAUGAAGUCUCAUUCAUGGAUUCCAAUGAUGAGAUCGGUUGGCGUCCAUCGGAACCACUCGAUGCGAACCUCCUUCGACACAUCGAUGAUUCGAAGAGGGGUUUGUCGGCCGCCAUUCGUCGUCUUGAGGAGGUCCUUGUACUUACCGAGAAGAUUGUCACUCCUGCGAGACUAUCUGCCAUUGGAGAUGCGGUCUGUCAAGGUGCGGGCAUGAUUCUCGAACAAUUUCGGCCGUGGGUCUCCUAUGUUGAGUCUAUCGAUCUCUCUGCGCUAGGGAACGUGUUUCAGAAACCAUCACUGGUGGAUUUUGGAUCUCAGAAGCAAAAGGCCUACGAUUCCAUUGGCGAAUUGGUGGCCACUUGUCAGGCUAUCACUACACCCCUCCCAGAUGAAUGGGCUGAAGUGCGUGGCGAGUCGUUGGAUACCCGGAUUAGCAACGUUCGAACUGUUUGCCAGCAGCUUGACACUCAUGUGGCCAACGUGGGCUACGCAUUGGAACUAUUGCUACCUGCCACCACGCUAAACCCUGCGCUGGCUACUAACAAGCGGGAGAACCGUGUGACCGAUGGAGGUGAAACUUAUCAGACUCACCAUCUUCGAUCCGAUUCGAAGCAUGCAGCAAACUUGCGCCCUGCACUGGCAGAUCUUGGUCAGUCAAAAUCAUACACACUUGGUGAAGAUCCCAUGACAGACAAAUUACGUCGACCCCCCAACAAGGACAAAGCAAGGCAGUUCUUUGGACAGAUACCGCCGGACUUGAAUCCCGUCAAAGCCACCAUUGAACCAAGCUACCCUGUAGACGAAGUCCCAUGGUAUCUGCAACUCGACCACGCGGAUGAAAUUACUUAUGAUACGAAAAACGACCCUCCUCAAGUCAAAAGCGGCACGCUCACUGGACUUGUGGAACAGCUUACUAGACAUGAUCGACCGGAUACGACCUUUACCACGACCUUCUUGCUCACCUAUCGUUCUUUCACCUCCGCGUCAGAGCUCUUUGAGCUUCUGGUAAGGCGAUUCAACCUACAGCCACCUGCCGGCUUGAAUCGUGACGAGUAUUCCAUCUGGGAAGAACACAAGCAGAAGCCAGCAAGAUUUAGAGUCCUGAACAUUCUCAAGUCGUGGCUGGAGCAGUAUUGGAUGGAAGCCGACGAUGGCAAUAGUCAGGCAUUGCUCGAGCGAAUGCUGGCUUUUGCGGACCGUACAUAUACCACGACAAAGAUUCCGCUCGCAAAGGCUCUGACAACCAUUAUCGAACAGCGAUUGAAAGGGGGAGAAGCUUUGUCCAAGAAGCUUGUGUUGACUCUCACGAAUUCCGCUCCGGCUCCUAUUCUGCCCAAGAACAUGAAGAAGCUCAAAUUUCUGGAUAUCGAUCCCAAAGAAUUUGCGCGGCAGCUGACCAUUAUUGAAUCGAAACUCUAUGGCAAGAUCAAGCCUGUUGAAUGUCUGGCCAAGACGUGGGAGAGGAAGAGCAAGUCGGAUAGCAGCAGUGAUACUGCUCCGAACGUGCAAGCUCUCAUCUUACAUUCAAACCAAUUGACUAACUGGGUCUCGGCCAUGAUUCUGGGUCAAUCAGAGGUAAAGAAAAGAGUGGUCAUCAUCAAGCAUUUUGUGCUGAUUGCUGAGCAAUGCCGUGUCCUGAACAAUUUCUCGGCCGUGACAGCCAUAAUUUCAGCUUUGGGUACUGCCCAUAUAGUCCGACUGAGUCGAACCUGGAAUGCUGUUAACCCAAAGACAAACGCAAUCCUCGAGUCGAUGCGCAAUCUGAUAGCAUCUUCGAAGAACUUUGCACUUUAUCGUGAAACACUACGCCAGGCAACUCCGCCAUGUAUCCCCUUUUUGGGUGUUUACCUGACCGACUUGACGUUCAUUGAAGAUGGAAUCCCGUCACUUACCAAGAACACCGAAUUGAUCAAUUUUGCCAAACGGACCAAGACUGCCGAGGUCAUUCGAGACAUCCAGCAGUAUCAAAACGUGCCUUAUAGUCUCCAUCCGGUUCCAGAAUUACAGGAGUGGAUUUCGGACAACAUGAAAAAUGCUGGAGACUCCCAUGAUGACAUGUUCGCCCAGAGUCUCAAGGUCGAGCCUCGCGAGCGAGAAGAAGAGAAAAUCGCGAGGCUACUGUCCGAAUCGGGAUUUCUGUGA